GGCGCCGCUCCAGCGCCGCCGUCACCGUCUGUUUCCGCAGCCGCAGCCGUCGUAGCCGCUGCAUCGCGCCGCCGAAGGGGAUCAACCAGCGGCUUGUCGGGCUUUCGCACAUGUCGUCCAAAAAGUCCUCAUUUGCUGUCGCGAUCCUUCGCGCUCUACUUCCACAAAUCCUACUAGUCAGCUUAUUAGCGACUUACCUGAUUGGAGGUGGAAUAAUCUUUCAACUAAUUGAUCCGGAAUUGGCAAAAAUCCCAUUUUUCGACAUAAUUCUGUUCGAAUUUUCGACAUUGGCCACAAUCGGUUAUGGCAACAUUUGCCCGACUACAGAUGUCUCCAGAAUGUUCUGCAUUAUAUACUCGAUUUUUGGCAUUCCUCUCAUCCUCCUCACGACUGCAAAUUUAGGAAAAUUUAUGACAAAAGCAUUUUGGUACUUGAUGUUUCUUUGUAAAUUGCCGGUUGCUCGAUCUAUGCUGAGCAGCGAUGCCAAUAUGCCACUACCAAUUAUUCUAUUUCUCUUUGCCUGCACUUUUUAUUUUGGGUCAAAUUUUAUCCACCACACAGGCGUGAGACAUAGCGUGGAUGAUGUGUAUUUUAGUUUCAUAAGUUUUACUACAGUUGGUUUUGGUGAUAAGGUGCCCAUCACUGAUAACUUGGAAAAACUCUUUUUCACGUUACUGUACCUAUCAUGGGGAAUAAUGCUCACUACAGCGUUGUUCAGUAUCCUCAACCAAUAUUUAAGAAAGAUCCACUACUUAGGCCGUCGUUUUACUGGAGCUCGGGACGUUCCAGUCUAUAUGGGCGGCCAGAGCAUUACCGUAUCCGAACUGCUACAAAUCGUCGCUAAUGAAUUCGAUGCUCCACCACGAGAAGUCCGUGCAAUGCUGCAAGAUUUGGAUGAGAUCAUUUCAAGUGCUGAGAUUGAUAGAAGCGAGAGCGUCCCACUAGUCACAGAUAUUGAAGAUUUUGAUGUUUACGAGUAAUAUUAUAGGAGGAAUAGCCCUAAUGUAAAUAUCAAAGAUUCUACCGGUUUAUUUCCUAUUCAAUAUGAAAAUAUUUUGGUGCGAGCGCUCACUACGUAUGACGAAAUAGUUUCAAUUAAUUGAAUCAGCGAAAACCUGCUUAGAAAUGUG